AUGGCCACUGAGGUUAAUAUGCCAAUGGGCCCUGGCCCCCUCGGCGAGGCCGGCUCUGUGAAGAUGGAAACUGGCUCCAACAUGGAGGUCUCAAUCCCAUCACCCGUCUCAGCUGCCACUGGCGAGCCCAACGAGACACCAUCGCCAUCAACGCCCGCCAACCCGAACUCGGUCUCUCGCCGUCCGCCGCGCAAAAGCACCCUGACACAGCAGCAGAAGAACCAGAAGCGCCAGAGGGCCACCCAGGACCAGCUGACGACUCUGGAGCAAGAGUUCGCCAAGAACCCGACGCCCACAGCAACUGUUCGCGAUAGGAUAGCCGAGGAAAUCAACAUGACCGAGAGGUCUGUUCAAAUUUGGUUCCAGAACAGGCGCGCCAAGAUUAAGUUGAUGGCCAAGAAGAGCCUGGAGACUGGCGAGGAUAUUGACAGUAUACCGGAGUCGAUGCGCACGUAUCUCGCUAUGCAGGCCAUGGAGUCUGGUAAAGGAUUUCCUGGUGCCUUCCUCGGUCGUGGUAUGAUGCCAUAUGGCCAUGGAAAUAUGCUCAUGGCGGGAGAGCAGGGCGGGCCCAGCAAAGUUGUGAUUCACCAUCUUACCUGCCGGUCCCUGAGCAUCGGAAAGUGGACACGUGUAGGCCAGAACACGAUGGAUCUGAUUGUUUUCUACUCGCCCGACAAGUGCACCAUGACCUACUACAUCAACAACGAGCAGGCAGGGUACAAGAUCGAGUAUCACUUCUCGUGCAUCAAGAGCAUAUGCGUUGAGAAUGCUGAUGACCCAACCAAGGUCGGAGGCAUCGUCAUCGAGCUGAACCGACCCCCAAGCUUCUUCAUGGACCAGUCGCCGACCUCGAAUGGCUUCUUCCAGUGUGGCGACUUCACCGAGGACCAGCAGGCAUCUCAAUGUCUCGUUCACCACCUCGGCGGCAACCCCAAGGUGCUCAGCGGUCAGCUCGCCAAGCUGGUAUCCCUCGAAUCAUUCAUGAACCGUCACAACACCAUGGCCUACCACCCCGAUCCGAUGGCCCACGGUGGCAUGCCUGUGUCUGCUCCAGUCUCGCCCACCAACAGGCCCUCGUCCCAGCCGAAUUUUGCACAGCCGCAUGUGGGAUUAUUCCAAGAAUCCCAGUGGGGUAUCUCGCCAGCGCACCAUGUCAUGCGUGGUCCCGGCCACAAGAGGCAGCGUAGUCGCUCCGUCCCGAUCGCUGUCGACUUCUCGAUGCUGCAAACCCCGAUGCCGUCAUUCUACAUCCAGCACCCUGGAGAGGCUCAGCCGCAGCCGCAUAGCCCCAACAUCUAUGCUCCAGUGCCUCAGCAGCCGCACGCGCUUUCGCCUCCCGGCCCCGGCCUGCGCAUCGAUACGCAAGCUGGUUUUGGACUCGAUAUGCGCCAGUAUCCCAUGUCAGCGACGACUGCUCCUUCACCCUCUGAAUACAACAGCCCGUCUUUCUUUUCCCAGGCGCCUGAGAACACCCCGCUCCCCGCAUCCAACUUCAACACGCCCUACAGCAGCACCUUUCUGUCGCCUAUGAUGAAUGCUACGAACCUGAAUGUCCCUCAGUCAGUGUCUCCCAUCUCGUUCGCCGGCGGAGACCCGGCAAUCGUUGAUCAAUCGCCUCCAAUGUCUAUGCUGGGGCGUAGCGCCUCGGCCGACCUUUACCAUGGCGGCGACUCGUCCGCGAUCUCGGAUGACGGUCACAGCCUGAACGAUAUGUACUCGAAGCAUGCCAUCACCCUGCCAAUGCACCCUCCUCAUUCGCCCGCUUUCGUCGAGCCUAGCCAGGCCGAGCUUGACAUGAACCAAUUGGUCCAGUUUGAUACGGUUGACCCAUCUAGUCUGUCUCCCGAGAGCGUUCACCAAGGCAUUGGUGGCCAAUGA